AUGAGCGACAACCCUCCAUGGCUGGAGAAUCUAACAGACGACUGGGUACCAGUCCCUGCACCUGGAACUCCUGGAACUCCCGCCAGUUCGUUCCCGUCUCCAUUGUUCAUCCAUUCCCGAGGUUCCAGCCUACAAAACUCUCCUAGUCGCAUUCCAGUCCCCGCGCGUCGCUCCGUCGGCCCUUCGCGCCCUUCGCCUGACUCUUUCAGAAAGAAAGUUUCCAGACCGUGUCACUUCAUCAAACGAGAACCGCCCACCCCUAAAACCCCUCGUACUCCCAAGACCCCCUCCAAGCUGCGAUCCUCGCUCCCUCCUCCUGAGAAGUCCAAUAAAACCAGCCCGAAACCGACCCCGAACCCGCCCUCGCUGCGUAAACAGCAGUCCGCCAUGGACACGAGGUCGCCGUUGCGGUCGGUUUCGAACCUUUCCGGCACUUCAGAGCAACAGAGCACAGUCCAAGUGAGACCAAACAAAGGGAAAGGCAAGGAUGGUACACCCGAAUGGAGGAGGAGGCUGGUGCACGGAGUCAUCCCCGCGGGGGAGCAGCGCGAUUUGUUUGCGCCCAUUGGACUGGAGAGUGUAUUCAAACCUCCAACCCCGGGCACCGAAAAGACGCAUGACGAAGCGAUAUCGCGAUUGAAGCAGUCAGACAGUUUGUGGCACUUUACCACCCCCUUCGGUUACGACGAUACCAGUUUCCAAGACCCCUCCUCAAUCGGCGCCUACGACGACGGAUAUUCAGGGAUUAACAGCCCUAGGUUGUCGCCCAAGCAGAAAGCUCAGGGAAGUCCUCAGGAAAGUCCUCAGGGAAGUCCUCAGGGAAGUCCUCAGGGAAGUCCGCAGGACUCGCGCAAUGGAACGCUAGUCAAGAGAAGAGGAUCAAAGGAUUUCCUGCCAGAUGAAGGCAAAUCGUCUGACUUGUCCUUUGAUAGUACUCAACACAGAUCCGCAAGCGGCAUGGAGGAUUUGCGCAAUGAAGACAUUACACCAAUCACGUUCACCAAUCCGAAUACAGUCGAUGGACAGACUACAUCGGAAGUCAUAAAAUCGGCAUUGAAACAAGUGACGAAUAAACUCGAGAGAUUACAGCUAUCACCUGGCGCCCGACCAGGAUCUCGUGCGAGCGAUAGUUUCCCAUUCCACCAACAGCCAGAAAUUGCGGUAGAUGCGCUCCCGGAUGACGACUUGCUCGAUGACACGAGUCAUUCUUUGCCCAAGGAUCUUUCAAUGGGAACAUUGGAUUAUCGAGGAAGAGGAGCCUUUGCCCACCUGGGAAGGGAAGAGGAUGCAAACAUUGAAGGUUCCUUCCAAAAAAUCCGUCUCUCGCCGCCUCCUUUCCCCUCUGGGCGACUGUCACCGUUUCUCCCCGCAAGCUCAAGAAUUCGCAGCUCACCCCCUUUUUACCAAAAGGCCAAUCCUCUAACCGACCCACCAACGCUGCCUAGACCCUCAUCUGCCCACCUUGGGGUGCCAAAGCUCCCCCAGUCCGGCGCCGAUAAAUCCGAAACCAUGCCUCCUUCAGGAAGCCCCCUGAAGCUUUUCGGAAACCAUGACACCUUCACCAACAAUCAUCUUUUACGCAGGAUGAGUCAAUUUGAAGAGACCUUUGGAGGUCUUUCUGAAGAUGAUGAACCUAUGUCGCCAUUAGAGGAAGCUCGCCGUAAGGGUGAAGGCAGGGGUUUCCUGACUGUGAACCACGAGGCGUUGGGUGAGCCACCAUUGAGGAGACAUGAACGACCGCGAUCGCGCAACACCCCGACUCCCCGCAUCAACAAAUUCGGUGACGGUGAGCUGGACAAUUUCGACUUCUCCGAUACGAGUCCGUACGAACACAAGUUCUUGAAUGAUGAGGUGGUUGAGUCUACCCAGCAACCGCCGCGCCGACAGUCCGUUGAGCGAAGAUUUCUAAGGCGCCGCUCGUAUAGACAAAAUAGCCAUGGUUCCGAGUUCAACAGGUCUCACCGAGGGUCCAGGUCCACGGCUCUGUCGGAUAUCACGUCGAGUUCCAGGGCUAUAAGGAAUCAAGGACUGCCAAGGGUUGAGGAGAUGAACCCAUCGGAAACCGAAUCAAUGCUGAACACACCGGUUAAGGAUCCAACUCCCAAGAGGCGCAGGACAUUCCUUAGGUCCUAUAAUUCGAGACAGGAGCCUCCUGAAAAUCCUACUCCGGAUCCGGAUAAUAUGUCCUUGCUCCAGAGGAGCUUGGUCCAGCAAGGUGUGAGGUAUGAAGACCAUCAGUUUUCGGCUCACUCUCGAUCGUCGCCCCGACCGCGAACUCCAACUCCAAGUCAAGUGCGGUCUGCUUCACGGAAGCGGCCUUCAUCAGGUCGAACCUAUUCGCCAUCUGGGUAUUCUGGCUCUGCUGAGCAUGAGUCUCCUGAGGAUAGUGCAAUACCUGUAGUCAGAGUCAACGGUAUCAAUGAAGGCGGCCGUAAGGGUUCGAUCACGACCCAGGAUUUCCUUAACGAGGCGACGAAGAUUAUGGACAUCAUUCGAUCUAAAGGCAGAUCGGCAGGGGGGCUGUCUAGCGUUGAGGAAUCCGAAGCCGAAGAUAUCGACGAAAGUGGGAGCUAUGAAGACGAAUCGACUCGGGAAGAGUUUUCUCGCCCACCAAGUCGCGAAGGCGCCGAAAUGCGGAGACUGAGGGAGCCUCAACAACAAAGCCCCCGGAUCCUGAGUCACCUUAAGAAGUUUCAAGAACUGGACGACCAGGAUUUCGGAGUCAACGCGUCCACGAUGUCUUUAAAUCUCCACGAUGACCGAGAUCACACCGAUGACAAAAUAGAUGCACCGUGCGGUGCGCAAACAGACGAAGAAGAAAGCCUUGAGCUUGACUUACGGUCUUCUGGCUUCGACUUCCGUCAACAUGUUGCACUUUCAGCUGAUGAGCCCGAGGAAGAUGAUGACCUUCCUGAACUUUUGACUAUCAACACGCAAGUCUCGUCUAAGAGCCUCAGUGCUCGCUCGGUCCCCACGGGCUCUUCGCAAAGCUCGCAUGCAAAGGGUGUUAUAUCAUCAGAUCUUGUCUCACGACUGAUCCCUGAGCAGAUCAAUGGUUUGACAUACGAUCGGGACAAGAACCAGUGGGUUCGGGAGAAAUCCGAACCAACUUCUGAGAAACCCAAAGGUGAAGAUAGUGAAGAAGAUCCGUUCAAAGACAUUCCUGAUCUCAGUGUGGAUGAACUGCAAGAGAUGAUGCGAAUGCAGAGCUCCACCUCGCCUGAAAGAACGAAAGACUCUAUUCGGCUCGAGAAUGACCACUAUCGGAGCCCACUUAGUUCACCCCGUCUCUCAACGAAAUCAUCGAUGCAUCAAUCCCAAACCAAGGAUGCGGGUGCUUCGGUCGACGGUAGUUCCGUGCAGUCCAAAACACCCGUAGAAUCCAAGCUUUCCGACUCCGAGACCAAAGUGACCUCUUGGGGUACAGACGCCCGCAAAACGAGCAAAUCAGUCAGCGAGGUAGAGCAUGAGAUUCAACUUCACGAAGGUCGAUUAUCACGGCCACCUCAACGUUCAGCAAAUGGUCGUCAGCAAGCCCGUGUUGUGACGAUAAGCUUUUCGUCUCCUUUAGUCUCCCAAGUUGCAUACAGCGACGCCGAGAGCCCGGCGAAACUCCUGCAAACCCGAGGCAACCUGCAGCCUCAUGCAGCCUCGAAGGUACCUGGCAACAGUCCGUUGGGCCUUUCAAGAUCCCCGACGAGCUUUUCCCCAUGUCAUCCUGAAUCACCAGACAGCCAGAUAUCCUUGGAUCAUCGAUUGUCCACUCCCAGCACAAAGACAAAGCGGAAGGGAUCUGCUGAGGCUCUCAGUCUGGUUCGAAGAGACGCAAGCUCUGUUGGUUGGAUGUCACAACGAGACAACCCAGACACAUCAGUGGCUCGUUUAGGGAAUAGUGGCCAAGAGACCAAUUACAGCUUCCACCUCAGCUCCUUACCCGACUUCACUGUCGAUCAAAUCGAUCCGUCCCUCCACCUAGAGGUGAGCUAUGUUGCACAGCGCACUCAUCCCACGUCAUUGCGCCAAGUUCAUGGGACUUUCGCAUUGGCAACAGAAGAGCUUCUCAAGCACAUCACUGAAGCCGAACCGUGGGAGCCGCACUGGGAGAAUGUUCGUCGCUUAGUCCUCCGACACAAAGGACUCAUUACACUCCAUAAACUCUGCGACUACUGUCCUUGCCUGGAAGACCUGGAUGUGUGCGAAAAUGAUAUUGGCCAAUUGAGUGGCGUGCCCGCCACUGUUAGGACGCUCAAUAUUCAGGAUAAUUGUCUUUCCAACCUAACAGCCUGGGGUCAUCUAACCAAUUUACAAUAUCUUGACGUCUCUGGAAAUGAAUUGGAAAGUCUUCAUGGAUUCAGCAAUUUGAUUCACCUGCGGGAGCUGAAGGCGAAUGACAACAACAUUAAGGACAUUAGUGGGAUUUAUGACUUGGAUGGUUUGCUAAAAUUGGAAUUGAAGAACAAUGAGCUCGAGGAGCUUGACUUUGGUACAGCCGAGCUAAGUCGUCUCGAGAAACUGGAUCUUAGCCACAAUCAACUCACAUCCAUACGCAAUAUCGAUACCCUUUCGUCACUCACAGUGGUCGACCUUAGCUACAACAAGUUGUAUGAGUUCGCUAUGUCUGCGACUCUGCCUAAUUUGCGGUCACUGAAAGUCUCGAAUAACGUCUUGCGCAGCUUCGACAUCUCCAUGUUCCCGUCGUUGACGCUCUUCUACGCCGAUCAGAAUUUCUUGAGUACAAUUUCCGGGCUCGAAGCAUGUCGUUCUUUGGAGAUCCUAUCUGCUCGAGAGCAGAUGAGUAGUACCAAUGGCGGUAUCUUCGACAUCGACUUGGGUCUAACGCAAGAUAUUCGCAAAGUAUUCCUUUCUUCAAAUAGGCUUGCACCGCGCUGUCUUGCACCAUCUACUGCCCUGCUGAGCCUGCAACUUCUGGAUAUUGCAUCAUGUAGCUUGCAAUAUCUCCCAGAAGACUUUGCAACAAGCUUUCCCAAUGUGGUCGUCCUAAACAUGAAUUUCAACUCGCUCAAGGGUGUCAACGAGUUGGUGGGCAUGAAAUGUCUUUCCAGACUGGCGAUUGCGGGGAACAACAUCACCAGACUUAGGCGUCUUUGUCAAGUCCUAGGUCGGAUCGGGCGAACUAACAAAGGAAGACUCUGUUCCCUUCAGAAAAUCGACACCCGAGGGAACCCGCUUACGCUCCGGUUCUAUCCAACUGCGGUCAUCAAGAGCGAAACAUCCAAUCCAAAGAAGCUAAAAGCCAAGAACAGCCGGCCUCUACGUGAUGCAGGCUUUGAUAUCCCGUCAGCUUUGGCUGGUUUCCGUGAUUUCGACGUGGACCAAAUGGUCACUCUGGGAGAGGAUGAUAGACCAGAUGCUUUCAAAGAGCUUGAAGUUCAUGAUCCAUAUACUCUUCCAUUAGCGGAUCCCCUGGCCGACCAGAAACACCUGUCUCAUUUGGACGAGUCGACACGAUUGCGACGCAGUAUCUUCGAGCUUAUGCUUUAUGCAGGAAGUGGAGGGUCUAUCAAGAUUCUCGACGGUCUGGAACUACGGCCGUCUCUUGAGGAUGGUUCUGACAUGGACCGUGCCUGGGCCAGACUUGAGAAGCUUGGUGUACUCAAAAAGAAAGCAAUCACAGCAUGAGAUAAGUGCCCUAAUGAGUCGCAUGCCAUCUCUGUCAUCUUGGAAGCAGGAUAAGGAGUUCGGCAGCAUUACCGAUGGAUUGCUUCGUUUUAUUCUAUUCGUGUAUUUUUUUACCCUUUUCAAGGUUGGUGGGCGGCGUCACACUGUCUUCUUACUCACAUGGCUUGCAUACCAGGAGUUGUGUGACUUGAGCAUUUGACUUUCGAGCGGACUACCCCUGGGCUUUUGGUGUGCAUUUCGUUCUUACUUGUUCUAAUACAAUUCUUAAUCACUUUCUUCUGACGACCCAAUGCAUCCGAGACCCUUCUU